AUGGGGUGUGUCAACUUUAAGGCCCAAUAUGAACGACUUCCUGGGCCACGGAAUCCAGUGAUCCUUGCAGCAGAUACAGCUUUUUCUAUCAGUGACGUUGAAGCAUUAACAGUGCUUUUUAAGAAGAUCUCUAAUUCAAUUAAAGCUGAUGGAAAAAUAAGCAAGGAAGAAUUCAAAUUAGCACUCUUGAAGGAUAGUCAACGACAAAGUCUUUUUGCAGAUCGGAUCUUUACUCUAUUUGAUGUGAGGCAGAAAGGAAAGAUUUAUUUAGCUGACUUCGUUAAAGCACUCAAUGUCUUCCACCCGGAUACACCAAUAGAGGCUAAGAUAGAUUUUUCAUUUAAGCUGUAUGACUUGAAUGGCGAUGGAGUUAUCGAGCGUCAAGAGGUAAGGGAUAUGAUUGUUGCAAUUCUUCGCGAGCUUCAACAUGAGCCGACAGAUGAGCUAUUAGAAUACAUUCUAAACAAGACAUUUAUGGAUGCGGAUGUGAACCGAGAUGGAAAGAUUGACAUUGAUGAGUGGCGAGGCUUUGUUAAUCGAAAUCCAGGAGUGAUUAAAAGAAACAUGACUAUACCACAUCUACGGGAGGUAACAACCAUAUUCCCAGAAUUUGUAUUCCAUUCUACCGUCGAAGAUGAUCAACUUGUUGUAUUCGAGCAACCUGGAGCCUCGAGUUCAACCGCACAACCUGGAGGAUCAACUUCAACCGCGCAACCUGCUGCUCAACCUGGAGUCUCGACUUCAACAGCGCAACCUGGAUACUUGACUUCAACCGUGCAACCUGCUGCUCUUUCUGAAGGCUCGACGACUUCAACCGUGCAACCUGCUGCUCUAUCUGAAUGCUCGACAACUUCAACUGUGCAACCUGCUGCUCUAUCUGAAUGCUCGACGACUUCAACCGUGCAACCUGCUAAUCUACCUGAAUGCUCAACGACUUCAAUCGUGCAACCUGCUGCUCUAUCUGAAUGCUCGACAACUUCAACCGUGCAACCUGCUGCUCUACCUGAAUGCUCAACAUCAACCGCGCAACCUGCUGCUCAACCUGGAUGCUCAACAUCAACCAUACAAACUGAUGUUCAACCUGAAUGCUCAACUUCAACUGCUCAACCCAGAGGUUCAACAUCAGCCGCGCAACCUGAAGCACAACCCAGACGCUCAAGUUCAACAUCUAGCGAUGAGUUUAAGCACUUUUUUUAA